AUGUUUUCUCAACAGAUUGCUGUAUCAACCAACAAGAAAGUUGAUGCGCACACACUAAACUACCCGAGCUUGCCUGCACAACUAAUUUGUCAACUUCAUAAUGUGACAAUGCAUGUAAAAGAUCUUCAAUUUUGGUUGAGGUCCAAUUAUCCUUUACAGGCUUGUUCUAGAAGCUUAUUAUUUGUUAUUCAUGCCGAUAUUGAGACAGAUGAGAUUGCUACCUUGAUGGUUUAUACUAAAUUGUCCAGUAGAGGUGCAAUUGUCACCACUUUUAUUAUAUGUUAUGCUUGUACAUCAUUCUUCUCGAGCUACAUCAAUGGUGGAAUGUACUCACGCCAUGGUGGCAAAAAUUGGAUCAACUCAACGGUUCUCACAGCUUCACUUUUUCCUUUUCUGUGCUUCGGGAUUGGUUUCAUGCUGAACACUAUUGCAAUAUUUUAUAGGUCUCUAGCAGCCAUUCUCUUUGGCACGAUGGUGAUUGUCUUCAUAACCUGGGCCUUUGUUUCUUUCCCCCUGUCACUUCUUGGUACAGUUGUUGGAAGAAACUGGAGCGGUGUUCCAAACAAUCCAUGCCAAGUGAAGACCAUUCCACGACCAAUCCCUGAGAAGAAGUGGUACUUGACACCAUUCCAAUGCUCCUAUUGA